AUGUCCUCUGCUCAAGAUUCCGCCACCAAGAUCUGCAUCGACAAAUUCGAUGGUAAAAAAUAUGCGACGUGGAGCCGCUACAUGCGCGGCGUGUUCCUGACCAAGUCGACGUGUGACGAGUAUGUCAAGACGAACUACAUUGCGAUCGGCUUGAUGCUGCCUCACAUGAGCGCGGAUUACCAUCACGUGGUUGAUGAGUGUGAAGAAGCGUGGGUUGCGUGGGCACGGUUGAAGACUCUCUACGGCGGAUCUCAGAAGGCGGGACGGACCUUCUUGAAGCGACAGCUUAUUGAGGGUUACCGGUACAAUCCGAACCUAGCGCGUAGUUCUUACGAGAUAGUUUUUACAUCGGUAAUUACCUCAGAGAUGAUUAGACGCGUAGGAUGA